AUGGGCUUCUCUCUGAGUAAAUUGACGGCGCUCGGAGUUGUGCUGAUGGCAGGGUGGCUUGUGUCGAAGGUGGUGUACGCCUUGUUCUUCUCGCCUUUGUGCAAGAUACCUGGGCCCUUUGUGGCACGAUUGACGCCAUUGUGGCUGAGAUUCGUUGACCUGGCAGGCAACCGCACAUCCACCAUCAACCGGUUGCAUCAGCGCUACGGCUCGACAGUGUUGAUUGGACCCGACGAAAUCUCCUUGGCCGACAUCUCGAAUGUAAGAGAAAUCUACGGCCAAGGGACGAGCUUCAUGAAAGCUCCCGUCUACGAGUCAAUGACCAUGCCGCCAAACGGGGUUUUCAGUAUGAGAGACAAGAUUCAGCACAGUCAACGGAGGAGGCUGCUCAGCCACGCCUUUUCCCAAUCAAAUCUGCAGGAAUGCGAGCCUCUCAUACAGAAACAGAUAGAGACUUUGCUGGAUGUACUGCAGAGAAAUGCAGGUACUCCCAUAGAUAUGCUCAACUGGUUCAGGCUGACAGCCUUUGACGUCGUCGGAGAACUCUUUCUAGGCCAGUCGUUUGGCGGGCUCGAGUCAGGUGUGACCCCUCAAUUUUUGAGUGACAUUGAAAUGUUUUUUAUCUUGGCCGAUCUGCAAUGGAACAACCCCUGGCUCGCACGACUGAUCCUAUGGAUUCCUUUGCCUUCCGUUCGAUAUUUUCUGGGCGCAAUGCAGAGACUAGCAGAUUAUGGAGAACAGGCUUUCCGCCGCUAUGUUGACCAACAUGGACGGAGUUCAGGACGCCGAGAUCUUUUGACAAAGAUCCUUUCAGCCAAAGCCGAGACUGGGGAUAACCAACUGAGUGAUAAAGAAACAUCACUCGAGAUUGGCAAUCUCAUCUUUGCCGGUACAGACACCACAAGCACCACUCUGACGUUCUUGUUCUGGGAGCUUUCCCGUAGCCAAAUCUGGCAGAAGCGAUUGCGGGAGGAACUGCUGGCUCACACUGACGGCUCGCCCACCUUCCAACAAAUUCAGGACCUUUCUGUGCUUGAAGCAGUAAUCAACGAAGCUCUUCGGCUGCAUCCAGCGGCACCUGCGAGUCUCCCCAGAGAGACACCCGCGGGCGGCAAAGAGCUGAACGGCUUUUUUAUUCCUGGAAAGACAAUUGUGUCUAUGCAAUGCUAUACGACGCACCGUGAUCCGGCAGUUUUCCCAGACCCGGAACGCUUCGCGCCCGAGAGGUGGGUGGACCCCAAGAAUAUCUCGUAUGAGAUGAAGGAGCUCUUCAUGCCGUUUUCGAAGGGAACGAGAGCAUGCCUGGGGAAGAAUCUGGCAAUGAUGGAGUUGAAACUGAUCACAGCACAUCUGGCGCGGCGGUUCGAGUGUGUGCCUGCCCCGUCGACCACGGAGGAGUCCAUGGCAACAAAGGAUCAUUUUCUUCUCGUUCCAGUCGGAGGGAAGUGCGAGCUGAUAUUUAAGGAAGUUUGA